AAUGUCAAAAAUGAUCAAUAUAUUAUUUUUGGUUAUCUGUUUGGUGACAAUUAUUAUUGGGCACAAAGAUAAUGGUAUGCCAAAUGGGUUGAAAGAAGAAGAUUUGGAACUAGAGAGACAACUAAACAUCCUUAACAAGUCUCCUAUAAAGAGUAUUCAUACAAAGUCAGGAUACAUAGUUGAUUGUGUUGAUAUUAACAAACAACCAGCUUUUGAUCAUCCUUUACUAAAAAAUCACAAAUUGCAGAGAAAACCAAAUUUUGAAAAGAAUAUAUUUCAAAAUUCAUCAAUCAAGCCUAAAUUUAUACUUGAGAAAUUUAGGUGUCCUCAAGAAACGGUUCCUAUUCGGAGGACAACGAAAAAUGAUUUAAUUCAAGGAAAAUUAUUAUUCAAUGGUCAAAAUAUAACUCAAAAUGGUGCGAUCAAUCUUUUUGCUCGUAUCUAUCUUUCAAUAGCGGGUUCUCCUUAUUAUGGAGUUAGUGGAAGUACUAGUAUUUGGACUCCAAAAGUUUAUAAAGGUCAAUCAAGUGCAGCUUCUUUAUAUGUUCGAAGGGGAGGGGGAAAUGAUCUUAAUAAAAUCUCGCUCGGAUGGCAUGCAUUUCCAGAAUUAUAUAAUGACGACCAAACACAUUUGUUUGUAUUUUGGACGUCAGGUAAGAAUGGAUGCUUUAAUAUGCUAUGCAAGGGUUUCAUUCAGGUUGACAAAUCAUACACAUUUGGUGCGCGUAUAUCUAGAACAUCUACAUAUGGCGGACAGAUAAUAGAAGCGCCACUUCAAAUUUCACAGGAUAAGGUAGGUAAUUGGUGGUUAAGAGUGAUGAAUAAGGAUAUUGGAUACUUUCCUGCGGCUUUAUUCUCCUCAUUGAAUGGAGCUGAAGAAGUGGGAUUUGGUGGAUAUACUGUAACUCCUGUUGGUACUAAUAGUCCCACAAUGGGUUCAGGACACAAACCUGAUAGUGACUUCACUCAUGCAACUUAUUUUAGGUUUGUAAAAUUUUUGGAUAAAAUUGGAAACCAUUUUGAUCCUAAAGAAUUUAUGGUAGAAAGUUAUAAUGAUGCUCCUAAUUGCUAUGGAAUUACGAAUUAUGAAAAUAAAAAAAGAAAACAAGGAUAUUCUCUUCAAUUUGGAGGACCAGGUGGUAAAUGUAAUACUUAAAUAUAGUGAACAAGUUUCUAAGUAAUAAAGAUUUCUAAUAAUAUGUGGAUAAA